CAAACCACCUGAAGGGAAAUGCGGAAUGUCGCACUUCCAAUGUGAAAAAAAUAUACUUACGAAUUAAUACCCCUUAUCAGGUGUAUUUGAAGAGACCUUUAUCUAAAUUAUACUAACGAAGCAAUUUCGUAAAUCCAACGACUUGAUGUCUCUGAAUUGGUAGUGGGUUUCACAGUGCUGCGUACAAUAUGGGCUAACCUGUAGAGGUCCUUUUCACAAAUAUUUGGUAACGGAUCGGUAAGCAAUGUAAAAUAUAUGGAUGUUGGCUUCACUAAUAAGGCAUUGGGAAAAAUAAAUCUUGAAAUCUUAAGAAAAGAUAGAGGUGCCGUUAUCUUAUCCGAAACCAUUGUCCCAUGAGAGCUUGGAUAGGCAUCUUCGAUGUGCAAAAAUUGACGUGAAGUCUAGUGAUAACUCCAACAGCCAUGACCGUCGAAAUAUUCAUACUUGUGACAGUGUUCGCAAUCUUCAUUGCAUCCUGUUGCGGGUUCCUUCAGAAAAUACGGGAAUUCUACAACGGCCAAGGUAUUCCACAAGCGGCUAACACACCACAUCAAAACGAAGAGCAAGGUACAGCUGGCGUCUUUCCCGCAAUGUUCUCUCCUCCACCUUAUAUAGAGUACUUAGAACCGCCGCCAAAAUAUGAAGAUCUGAUCAAAGAAAAUCAAAUUACGGUAGUCGUCCCUCGGACGAAUGAAAAUCCGGUUGAAAGAUCCCAAGAUGUUCCUUUGACUUACACGAUAGCAAUAAGUCGCCAAUGAUAUUUUGUAUGUAUGUAGCAGAAACUUUGUUUUAAAUCUGUACCGUCUCCAAUAAACGUUUUUUUCUGGAUUUGAGGGUGAA